AUGCGGAUUCCGAUUUGCAGGGUCGUCGCCUCCGAGGAGGCUGCCAGCUAUCUGCCCUGCCAGGGCCAGGCAUAUGAAGUUUCCAGGGAGGCCCUCUUUGAGAGCGGGAAUCAGAGGGACACGGUGGAGACCUUUGAUCUGAACUUCCAGGGCUGUUUAGAGAUCCUGGAAGGAGGGGAUUAUAGGCUGCAGGUGAAGGGCUUGAUGGCAGUGCAGGACAGCCUGUGUGUGCACGUGCCUUGCAGGUUCUCGCACCCCCUGGGCAACUGGUCUCACUCUACCCCAGCUCUCAGUUACUGGUUCUGGGAAAGGGUCAAUGUAUUCCAGGAUGCUCCAGUGGCCACAAACAACCCAGGUCCUAAAGUGCAGGAGGAGACCCAGGGCCGAUUCCACCUCUUCGGGAACACCCGGACCUAUGGCUGCUCCCUGCACAUCAGAGACUCCAGGAGUGGGGACAGUGGAAGAUACUUUUUUCAUGGGGGGGGGGGAGAGUACAUGAAACGGAGUUACACAUCUAACCAGCUCUCUGUGUGUGUGACAGCCCUGACCCACACACCUGACAUCCUUAUCACGGGGACCCUAGAGUCUGGCCAUCCAAGGAACCUGAGCUCUGUGCCUUGGGCCUGUGAACAGGGCAUGCCUCCCAUCUUCUCCUGGAUGUCACCGCCCCUCACAUCCCCAGGACCCAGGACCCUCCUCUCCUCAAUGCUCACCCUCACCCCACAGCCCCAGGACCAUGGCAUGCCUCUCACCUGUCAGAUGACCUUGCCUGAGGCUGGAGUGAUUACGAUGAGGACCAUCCAUCUCAACAUGUCUGGAGCGCUUGUAGGGGAGGCCCAGGCGGUGCGGGAAGAGCACGGACGUGUCCACCACGGUGCUGUGGUUGACCUUCAAGGCCAGCGGGCCACUCUCCAGGCUGUGUCCGGUGAGGACAGUGUCGGCGCUGAACAUGCCCAGCAGGACAGCCUGGACGUCCUGGAGCGAGAUGCUCGUGUGGGCGAGCCCGUGGAGCCGAUGGCAGCCGAGCAGCGCGUGGACGGAGUCUCCCAGCCGCGCUGCGUGGUAGUAGCUCUCCUCCUCCUCGGCCCGCAGCCCCAGCCCGACGCAGACACGAGGUACUCCCUGCCACACCGGCAGCAGAUCCUGCAGGAGGAGUCCUUGGGCUUCUUCUCCCCCGCGGUGAAGACGACGGCGCCCCCGCCCCCCACCCCGCCGCUGGGGGGGGGGCGGGAAGGGUUCGGCGCCUUCUCUAUGGCUUCGUGGUUUGAAGAGCAGAACUUGAGGCAUUCCUCAAUGAACAAGUUCAGAUACUGCUGGCUGAUGACUGUGGGGACUUUGCCCCCAAACUCUUUCGGAAUAAUGGGCUUCUUUAAACUCUGUAAAGUUGGGCUGUGGGCAACGCACUUGGGGGUGACGGUGGUGGUGGUCUUGGACGCCAUGCCUGACAACGUGUGCGCCUUCAGGGGCUGGCUGCCCCACUUGGGGGCAUUGGGUGGCUGGCUGCUGCUGGCGGCUGCUCUGAGCCUCACAUCCAUAGCCCUGGAGAACGGCUCAUCUCUUUCUGUCCUGGAGGACCAGUCCCUGCGCCUAGUCUGUGUCAUCAACAGCAACCCCCCCCCCCCCGCCAGGCUGAGCUGGGCCUAAGGGAGCUUGACCCUGUGCUCCUCAAAACCCUUGAACCCUGGGAUGCUGGAGCUGCCUCAAGUGCGAGAAGAUGAGGGUGAAUUCACCUGCCGAGCUCAGACCAUGGUGGGCUCCCAGCAUACCUCCCUGAGGCUCUCACUGCAGAGUGAGUGCACCUGAAAAGCAUGGCCUUUAUCAGAAGGGGUGCUGGGGGCAGUUGGGGGAGCAGCUGCUAUGGCUUUGCUCUUCUUGUUUCUCUGCAUUAUUGUCAUCACAGUGAGAUCCUGCAGGAAGAAAGCCACAAGGCCAGCAGUGAGCACCAGGAAUGUGGAUAUGGGAAAUGCAAAUGCUGUCACGAGAGGGACUAGGAUUAAGGUGAAGUGA